CACCAACAGCCGCCCCUUCUCCGCUGUGCUGAGCUUUAUGGAUUUUCGGUCCUGUACAUUCCGUUGAGAAAACCUGAGAGUUCCGAAAGAAACCCUGGUCGGGAAAACAUGGCAAGACUGAAUUCAAAUCUACAUUCGAAAUUGACUGACGAAGUUAUCUCGAAAUUGAAUGGGAAAAAGAUUUAUACUGUUUUCGAUGUCAUCCCAGAAGAUUCAGAGAAGUUGAUGAGGUUUUCAGGACUUUCUUACAAAGAUAUUCUGUCAAUAAAGCAAACGAUUACAGAACAGUUUGGAGGAAAAAUUAAGAAAGCGGUAGAUUUGCUAAAUAUUGAACGUAAUAAUGUAGUUCCAACGGGUAUAGUAAGUCUAGAUAAUUUGUUGAAUGGAGGACUGUAUCCGGGACACAUGUACGAACUCUGCGGAGAUUCUUCUUCUGGUAAAACUCAGCUGAGUCACGCAAUUGCAACGAAUAUUGUUAUACAAACCAAAGCUUGCAUACAUUACAUUGAUACAAAAAAAGACUUCUGUGCAUCUAGAGUACAUAUGAUUUUAGAUGAAAAAGGAAGUAACGACGAGGAAAUAGGCAAAGUAAUGAGUCAAAUGAAGAUAACUAGAGUGAGAAAUAUUCACCAAUUAUUAAAUUUCCUUUUUCAUUUGACUUCUCAAUUGAAAAUACAAUCUGAAUCUCCGACGAAACUUAUAGUCAUCGAUUCCUUGCCUGCCAUACUCCUGCACUCUACUGAAAAUCACAACACAUCGUUUGCACUGAAUCACCUCGCUAAUGUAUGCAAGUAUCUUGCAAACGAGUUCCACAUAUCUUUAAUCACCACAAACUUAAUAACUAAAUGGCGUGAAGUGGAUGGCUUGUUGGAGGUGAAAAACCAGAACGUAACCAUGAAACCUACACUAGGCAAAUAUUGGUUACAUGUCCCUAAUACCAGAUUAUUGAUAAAGAAGUUACAGACUGAAACCAGACAGAUCACUGUAUGGAAGAGUUCUCAGUUAAAAUUACAUUCGUCAUGCACGGUUAAUAUAACAGACUCCGGUGUUUCUUAACGUGAAAUAUUUACAUUUAUAAUAAGGUAAAAGAAAGGUAUUCUUUACGCAACGUGGAAUAUACUAUUAUACAAAUUACAACUGAUUAUUCUGUAC